ACCCUUUUGAUUUGUCUAUCUUUAAGAUAUUUAGUUCUUAUUAGUAAAUUUGCCUAACGAACAACAACAAAGUUGAAUGAUUAGAGAAUAAGGUCAUUUAUGUCUACCAACCAGGGUGUGUAUUGUGUGGAAACCGGCUAAUAGUGGAAUGUCCUGGCAACAGAAAUUAACAGUUACUUUGGAGCUGUGAACGGAUUUUAAAGGUUGACAAGUUUUUUUGAAUUCGAGGGUGGGAAUAGCAAUUUAAGUACAACGUGUCGAAAGGGAAUACUGUGCAAUAAAUUAGCAGGAAGUUGAAAGGAGGUAAUAGAAAUUGCUAACAACUACGAUCGACUAGUGCGAGUGGGAGUGGCAAAUAAACUUGUGCCACAAUUUUGGAUACAGUUUGGCAAACUUAAGUUUUUCGAGUAUCAGCUGAAUGAGAAUCCUGAACGUAUUGUGGACGCUGCUGAAAAUGCUCUACCAACUGUUAUGGUGUUCGGCGCGACUACUUUCCCUGCUCUUUAAUAUUUUUUGGUUUGCCUGCAAUCUUGCCUCGGCCUGUAUCCCCUGGAUGACGUUGGUGCUGAUGGUCGCUUGUGUGGGUUCUAAGUUCGCUAAAUUACGUAGUCCGGAUGAAAAACGAUUGCUUAGAUUACUUGGCGGUUGUGCACCGGAAGAACUAACUUACUGGCCUAUAGCUAACCGCGGUGCGGGUUAUGAUGCUCCCGAAAACUCCAGAGCAGCAAUCAAAAAGUGUGUGGCACGUGGCUAUCGAAACAUACUGCUGGAGGCCAGUUUGACAGCGUGUGGUGAAAUAGUGAUAGUAAAUCGCACAACUUUAGAACGAGCCGGAUUGUUAGGUGGUAUUGCACAAUAUACAUUGGACGAAUUACGCAAAUUGAAUAUAACAGAGCUACAUCCUUUAGGCUCACAAUUUGAAGCUGAACAAAUACUUACGCUUAAAGAAUUAUUGCUAAUUUUGGAGGAAGAACACCGCAUAACUAUAUUUUUACACAUUUUGGACAACAGUGUACGCAUGUUGGAACAGUUGAGAGCUGCAAUCAAAUCUAAUGCACAAUUCACAUCACGCACAAUACUCAUUAGUCGUUCACCAUACGCUAUUUAUCAGUUACGUAAAUCACGACCGGAAUUGAUUUGCGGACUCUGGACGGAGAAAUCGCUUUCAUUGGCACUUUUGAAGGCGUCAACACUCAUAACAUCGAUUUAUGGCGCUUUUUUUCGUAAUAUCAUUGCGCCUGUAAUCGGAAUUAGUGUUGUUUUUGUCAGCAAGGAAGAAUUCAAUCUUCACAUUGCUGAGUUAUGGCGGAACGUAGGUGUUCGUCCACUAGUAUAUAAUGUAAAUUCACCCAACGAGAAACGCUAUUUUCAAAAGACGAUGAAAACCCAAUAUUUAACCGAUUCCUUACGCUCUGAACCUCAUCUGCUAAUGAAAGCUUAAUUCAAAUUAUUGACUUUCCAUGUGUAAAUGAAACUUUUGUACAUACAAAAGUAUUUUUAUUAUUAUUUUUUCUUCAUACCUGCUUGAAGAAGUAGAGUCCACACCGUCCCUACAAUUUUAUAUUGCACCUAUAUAAAUAUUAUAAGUGUGUUUUUACAAAUACUUUGCUGCCAUCACAAAAUUGAUGCACAUAUUGACUUGGCAUUUAGAUUAGCCAUUCUUACCUAUUUCUUCAUUAAUUUUAUCAAAGUUAAUUAUUUUUAUGCUGCAAAUCCGCUUAUUUCUACAUAAAGCCAUCACAUAAGAAGCUGUAAAGUAUUGCGUACAAACUAUUUUUUUUAAUAAAACGAACGAAAAAAUAUUAAAUUAAAGAAA